AUGUCUACCACCGAUCACCCGGAGUCCGGGGUGCCCGACUCCAGCGACCAUCAUGAGUCGGGGGUGACCACGACUUCUCCGCAGCAGAGCUCCCACCCCGAUCCCACCACCACAGAGUCCACCUCUGCCCCGGUGAACCCAGACCCGAUCGCCGAUGCACCUACAUCGACCGUAUCGGCCGAUCCUCAACAGUCUCCCGCAGGCGAGGAUGCGGCCACUGCGCCCCAGCACCCCGCAACCGGUGGCGAAACCGUCGCCCCUAUGACAGCAACGACUAGCACUACGACAACCCCGGCCAACGACACCACCACCGCUAUCGCGCAGUCUCAAAAUCCAGACACGCCGUCAAUGGCGACCUUGGAGCUCAAGUCGGGCGCAGACGUUUCGUCGGACCAGUCGGAGGAUAUCUCAGGGAAGGAGGUUGAGGAUGCGGGUCCAUCGCUGGUCAUCACGCUGUUGCUGACGACGGGAUCGCGGCACCCGUUUACGAUCGAUGCGAAGUAUCUGCGGAAGCAAUCGGUUAAUGUUGAGAAUGAUGAUCCCUUUGCGAUGAGUGUUUAUACGCUGAAGGAAUUGAUUUGGCGGGAGUGGCGAUCGGACUGGGAAACCCGUCCAUCGUCGCCGAGCUCGAUCCGUUUGAUUUCUUUUGGAAAGUUGUUGGAUGACAAGUCCCCUCUGUCUGACUCAAAAUUCAGCGCAGACCACCCUAAUGUCGUACACAUGACUGUCAAACCGCAAGAGGUGGUGGACGAGGAAGAUGCCAAGGGUGCAAAGGCACACCUGAACCGUGAUCGCGAAGCCAGCGAGCGCAGCCCCGGCUGUCGCUGUGUCAUCCUAUAA